AUGUAGGCUUUAGCAGCGCUCCCGGAUGCUGGCAAUUGACAAAUGGCUGUCUGUCGUGUUGGACUGGGCUACGACAUCCAUAAACUGGUUCCAGGAAGAAGACUGCUUUUAGGAGGGGUUGCUAUUGAAAGUGACGUUGGACUGGACGGUCACAGUGAUGCUGAUGCACUUCUUCAUUCCAUCACUGACGCCAUAUUGGGAGCUUGUGGAGAGCCAGACAUUGGAGAGAUAUUUCCUUCGUCAGAUGACAAAUGGAAGGGCGCUUCUUCCGUUAUCUUUGUCAAUGAAGCCGUUCAAAGAGCAUCACAGAAAAACCUAGCAAUACAAAAUGUCGACAGUGUAAUCAUUGCUGAGAGACCAAAGCUGAGGCCUUGGAAAGAAAGUAUUAGAAGAAAUAUAGCUGAAAUAUUAGGAAUAGGUAUUGAUUGUGUCGGCAUAAAGGCAAAGUCAAGUGAAGGUAUGGGGCCUGUUGGAGAAGGCAAGGCUAUUGAAGCUCGCACAGUUGUCCUCCUGAGUAGCAGAGUUUGAUGCCAUACUCUGUGAUGAUUGAUGAUAAAGUAUACAUGGCAAGUUGAGAUUGUUUAGACAGACUACGCAUUACUACCAGAUUUUGAUGUUAGCCGUUGCAAUGAAAUGUUUAUUAGCUUUAUAGAAAUAUUUUAAUAAUUAGCGAGUUGCAUACA